AUGGGUAUCGAAAAACCAACUGAAAUUCAAGCCAAAAUUCUACCACAUCUCUUGGAGGGGAAAGAUCUUAUUGGAGCAGCAAAAACAGGAAGUGGGAAGACGUUAGCAUUUCUUAUUCCCAUAAUAGAGAACUUAAUAAGACUGAAAUUAACGAGAAGUCACGGUGUAGGUUGCAUUAUUAUAUCGCCUACAAGAGAAUUGGCAUUGCAAACACAUGAAGUUUUAAAAAAAAUACUAUCCAUGAUUGACUUGUCUCAUAUGUUAUUAGUUGGAGGUGAGAAAAAGUGUAAGGAGUUGAAAGUUGUUACAAAAAGGUGUAAAUAUCAUUGUGAGCACACCAGGCCGUUUGCUGGAUCACUUACAAACUACAAAGUUCAAUUUCAAAAAUCU